GGCGGCCUACAGUCCACGGGGUCGCUAAGAGUUGGACACGACUGAGCAAUUGAACACAACACACAAGGUAAGGAUGCCUGCAAAAUCAGUUUGCAAACACCACUGGACACACCAAGAGAAGGCCGCUGCAGGACUAGGACUGCAAUCCCCAUGGGGCUGUGCGGCUGCCUCACGAGAGUUGACCUAAUUCGGAAGCAUCGCGAGAGUUGGUUUAAAUGUGGCGGCAGGAAGGCGACGGCUGUGGAUACCCAAGCCGUUGGAAAAGUGGGCAACUGAGGCGAUGGCCGACAACUUCAGCCCUGACAGCGAGCCUACGACACGCACACUGCUACGGCGGGUGCUGGAUACAGCGGACCCGCGCACACCGCGGCGAGCCCGGAGUACUCGGUCUGGUUCUCACAGUUGCUGGUCUUUACACAGUGUCCAGAAUGACCUGCUUGAAACACCUUCCUCUAGGAGGCUGAGGAGUCAAACAAAGAUGACUGCCAGGCAUCGUUCUCAUACAGCCAGGUCUGUUGACAGAUUGGCCCGUGUUCAAGCCAGUGGACACCUGGAGGAACAGACACCCCGGACUCUGUUGAAGAACAUCAUACUAACUGCUCCAGAAUCUUCCAUUGUGAUGCCAGAGGCAGUGGUGAAGCUGGUGCCAUCACCACAGGUGGUCCAGCCUUCCAGACAGGAAAGCAGUCGGGGCAGCCUGGAGCUGCAACUUCCUGAACUUGAGCUCCCCACAACCCUGGCUCCAGGUCUGCUGGCUCCUGGCAGAAGGAAGCAGAGGCUGAGGUUGUCAGAGUUUCAACAAGGAAUGGACUGGGGGCAUCUUUCCAAAGAGCCUCGUGAGAAUGCUGAUGCCUCUUCCCUCACCAGCUCUCUCAACUUGACCUUUGCCGUGCCUGUCCAGCCACAAUCAGUGAAGAGGCCUGGUUUAGCUCGCAGACCUCCUACUCGCCGAGUGGUAGAUGUGGGUACAUUUUUGCAGGAUCUGCGAGAUAGUUCCUUUUCUGUGGCUCCUCCAGGUGAGAGCCACAGAACCCCUGUUGCUACUGUGCCAACGGACACAGUGUUGGAGGACACCCAGCCCUUCUCCCAGCCCUUGGCUGACCACUCCCCCAGUGUACACCACUCCCUGCCUUGUCCCUCUCACUCUGGGGCAAAAGAAGUGGAGGGGGCUGCCCGUCGCAGGACACGGAGCAGUGGGCCUGGACUUCAAAACAACCAUUCAGGUCCUGGGAAACCAGCCCAGCUUCUGGCAAGAAAGGUGGAGGAGGUUGAUGCCCUUGCCAUGGGCUUUCCAAACACCAGCAGUAUCUCUGGAGAAGAUGGCGUAGAGCCCUUACAGAAUGGAGUAGGUGAGGAAGCAGAGGAAAGUAUGGAAGAAAGCGUGAGUGUGAGGGAAGUGGAGAAGGCAGCAGAAGAACAAGAAUCUGCCAGGGCAGAAGAGCCUGAAGGACACACAGAGGUGACAGAAGCAGCGGGAUCCUUGGGGGCUAUUGAGGCCAAGGAGCCAGAAGGAUCUUCAGAGGAUAAAGAUACCUCUGCAAGUCCACAAUUGGCCCCCAGCACUCCAGAGUUCCUUCAGGCCAGGCGACUUCAGUUUCCUGAGCCAGCUCCACCACCAAGCACUGCAGUCUUACCUUCAGAACUCCCAAAGCGUCUGUCGGCCAGGAUUCCUCCCAGGCCCCGAAUCCCUGGCUCCAGACCCCGUCAAGAUCCCUACAAGGCUGGACUGAACCACUAUGCAAAACUCUUUAGCUUCUAUGCUAAGAUGCCCAUGGAGAAGAAGGCUGUGGAGAUGGUGGAGAAGUGCCUGGACAAGUACUUCCAGCAUCUUUGUGAAGACUUGGAGGUAUUUGCUGCUCAUGCUGGGCGCAAGACUGUGAGGCCAGAGGACUUGGAGCUGCUGUUGCGAAGGCAGGGCCUGGUCACUGACCGAGUCUCCCUGCAUGUGCUCGUGGAGCGGCACCUGCCCCUGGAGUACCGGCAGCUGCUCAUCCCUUGUGCCUUCAGUGGCAACUCUGUCUUCCCCACCCAGUAGGGACCAGGACUCAAUACCUGCCCUGUCCCCACCUGGGGUUGCUUGGCCCCACAUACACUUCUAGGCUUCCUCCCCACCCCUCAGCAUCAAUAAAGUGUCACAAACAGAG